CACAAACAAUAUACUGAAUGGAAAUGACAAUCCAUGGCCUCCUAUACUGUCGCGAUGAGGCCACGCUCAGCAGGUUAUUUAUGAUUCUGUUAGUUCGAAAUUAGAGGAGAGUGAAGAUUCGAAGUUGGAAGUUAAAGAUCGAGGAGAAUCGCUUUCCACGGUGAAACGGGGGCGACCUUUGUUUGAUCCUUAUUUGGAAGGAUUUCGUUGACUAUCUUCGUGUUAAUCCCUAGGUUUACCUAGAAAGGAUUGAAGAUAGUGGAGAAGGAAAGGUCAGUGCCUUUAAGCCGUUCUGUUUCGUGAAUUCUUCGUGGGAAGUUCAACGUCGGGGAUCGAAGCAAGCGACGUGAAAGAGAACCUAAAUCAUCCUGUAAAGUCUCUCCUUUUAAAUGGACUCCAUUGGGAAUCCAAAGCAUUCCCAUCCUUCAUUAGCAUACUGAUCUGGGUGCUGCCUAUUUAACUCGUGCUCACGGCAAAUUCCGCUUAUUUCUGGGUCUGAAACGGUCAGAGGAGAUGCCUGAGCCAGGGAAAUCCGCUCCGAAGAAGGGCGGCAAGAAAGCUUUGCCCAAAACAGCGAGCAAGGCAGGGAAGAAACGCAAGAGGUCGAGGAUGGAGAGUUAUUCCAUCUACAUCUACAAAGUGAUGAAACAGGUUCACCCCCAUACUGGCAUCUCCUCCAAGGCCAGGAGCAUCAUGAACUCGUUCGUCAACGAUAUCUUCGAGCGCAUCGCGGGUGAGGCUUCCCGCUUGGCCCACUACAACUACCAUUUAGGUAAUAAAUUACACAUAGUUUAUGUCUGGUGACUUAUACAAGAGCUAAAUCGCGAUUGUAAUAAGCUCCCACUGAACUGACAAGGAAUUGUUUACCCACCCCCCUUUCCCCAUCAGUCCGCCCACUCGGUAUCCAUGCCAAGCGGAGGAUUGCUGCCGUUGUUGUUUUAUUUGUGGCUUCAGGAGUUUAUUGGUCCCGGUUGGGUAACUCCUGAAUCUCAUUUCAACUCGAGCCUGAAAGUCAUCAUGGCUCUUCCAUAUGCAGAAGCGUCGAUAAUCCUGCUUAUAGAUGCUGCCUGGCCUGCUGGGUUCCACCAGCAUUUUGUGUGUUGUUUGAAUUUCCAGCAUCUGCAGAUUUCCUCGUGAUGGCUCUUUCAUAUAAUAACUUUAUAAAAUUGCAGAUUAGACGCUGGACAAAGUUUGAGAAGAGCCGUUUUCCAUAACCUGAUAACGUUCACACAGUGACCGACCGCGGGCAGAAGCUGAGGGUCAGUUUUAUUCGGUUCCGUUACGGUUUGAAAGAAAUUAGAGAAUUGAGUUCCCAGACACUCCAAUAUCAACUACACUUAAAUCAAAUGUGCCCGGUUUCAGGAACAGAGGGAAAUGCGAAGACCCAAUCUUAAAAUAGAUCUGCAAUUAUUUAACGUUGAAAAUACAUUUGAACAGUAGAUUUAUUUUUGGCGGGCUUUUUUUCCAGAUUUCAGUACAUUUUGGGGAGGAGACGGUUAUUUACCCCGCUUCUACUUUUACGGACUGCUGAUUGGUGAUUAAGGCAGUUCUUCGAUUGGGGCAUUUCUCUUCACCAAUGAGAAUAAGCAGGAUCACACCAAUCACAAACAUCAGUUCGCAUUCUCAAAUAGGGUAUAAAAAGGGAGAGUUGAGGCGGGGUGCACUUUCCCUCAUUCUCGCUGGAGUAAAAUCGUGACUGUGGAAAUGUCUGGACGUGGAAAAGGCGGCGCUGGCAAAGCUCGGUCCAAGGCUAAAUCUCGCUCGUCUCGGGCUGGGCUGCAGUUCCCUGUAGGCCGGGUUCACAGACUCCUGAGAAAGGGCAACUAUGCUGAGCGGGUGGGUGCCGGAGCCCCGGUCUAUCUGGCUGCUGUGCUCGAGUAUCUGACGGCCGAAAUCCUCGAAUUGGCCGGCAACGCGGCCCGGGACAAUAAGAAGACCCGCAUCAUCCCCCGGCACCUGCAGCUGGCCGUCCGCAACGACGAGGAGCUGAACAAGCUGCUGGGAGGGGUGACUAUCGCUCAGGGCGGUGUGUUACCCAACAUCCAGGCCGUCCUGUUGCCUAAGAAAACCGGCGCUGCCAGUAAGUGAAGUGACGUAAGCUGAAUCUAUUUACCCAAAGGCUCUUUUCAGAGCCACUCACAAUGUCUGUGGAAGGGCUGAGCGACGGGUGCUUUCCGUCCGUUUGAUAUCCUGCAUCUGUCAGUGCCUCAACAUGUUUCUUCCGCGAAAGAAACCAAUAUAAUUCUUCACAGAAACCGGUUCGUUUCGGUCCCGGCUCGUUUUUCCCUCUCAGCGGACCGAAUGUAGCUCUCUCCCCUUGCAGAGAAUCAGCGGGUUCACUAGGCGCAGAGUCGUGAAAUGAACUUCCGGAGUCAGACCCGGGAGUGAGAAUUUAAUCUCCGAUCACUGAACGACUCCGCUCUUCAUCACCUAGAACCGCGUUGUCUGGGUUCCACAUUGCGGGUUGACCCCGGACCGUUCCGGUGUGCAGAAGGCGGGAACAUCGCCUGUUCGUUGCUUCAUGAGCGAUUCCCAUCGCCUCACAGAAAAAUAACAUUUGCGUUUUACAUUUCAGAAUCAAGUUUAUUAUCACCGGCAUCUGACGAAAUUACUUAACUAAGCAGCAGCAGUUCCAUGCAAUACAUAAUCUAGCAGAGAGAGAAAAAUAAUAAUAAAUAAAAUAAAACAUAAUAAAGUAAAUCAGUUACGUAUAUUGAAUAGAUUAUUUGAAAAAUGUGCAAAAACAGAGAAGCUGCAUAUUGGAAAAGUGAGGUAUUUUCCAAAGCUUCAAUGUCCAUUUAGGAAUCGGAUGGCAGAGGGGAAGAAGCUGUUCCUGAAACGCUGAGUGUGUCUUCAGGCUUCUGUAUCUCCUACCUGACGGUAACAGUGAGAAAAGGGCAUGCCCUGGGUGUUGGAAGUGUUUAAUAAUGGACGCUGCCUUUAUGAGCACCGCUCCCUAAAGAUGUCCUGGGUACUAUCAGCAGCUUCUUUCCGUGCUGUGCCGUAGCCCCUCCACACCAGACAGAUGCCGCCUGUCAGAAUGCUCUCCGCGGCACAACUAUACAGGUCUCUGACUGUCUACAAAGGUACGUUUACCCUGUGGAACCGAUCGUAUUUACUGAAAAAAGCACGUCCACCCAGGCCCCUGACUGUCUUCAUGCCAAAGAAACCCAUUGAUUGAUCAGCUUCUGACUAAAGAAAUUACUCAUCUCUAUUCUAGAGGGGCAUCUUUGUAUUGAGGGUGUGGUCUGGUUCCAGAUUCUUCCAUUAUUGGAAACAUCCUCUCAUAUCAACGCUAUCUAGGCCUUUCAACAUUCAAUGUGUUUCUAUACGAUUCUCCCUCAUUCUUCUAGAUUCCAGUCAGUACAGGCCCAGAUCAUCAAACAUCCCAGUAUUCUUCUAACAAAUGCAGUGAUAUCUAAGCCCCUGAGUCUCAGGGAGUUCCAGUCAAUAUUGGGGAAAUUAGUCACCCUCUACAAUGACCCUGUUGCUUUUACAUUUUUCAUUCCCUGGUACAUUUCAGUUUCUUUACCUCCUGAUGGCAUUUGGGAGGCCUGUAGCACAGCUCCAUCAGUGAAUGCACCUCUCUUAUCCUGAGCUCUAUCCACACUGUCUCACUGGAUGAAGCCUCCAGUGUGUUCUCUCUUAGUCCCUCACCCACAAUUCCAUUGAAAGGCUGAUCUGCCAUCAGACUCCUCUUGUAUGUCGAUCCCACUCCCCUGAUUUUAUAAACAUUUAUCUUGCUUCUCUUUAAAUCUUUAUGGUCAUCCAGCAUCUCCAGUCCUCUCAGUUAGGGGAUUCGUGUGUUUGUUAUACAGUGUUUUGUUUGUUUUAUCGUUUGUGGCUUUGUGGAACAGUUCAAGCAUGUACUUUGGUUUCCUGCAUUCACAACUUUGUGUGCCAUAGUCAUAUGAUUAUGCAAAGGCAGAGGCAGUUUAAAUGAAGUGAAGAUGGGCAUUUGGCACAUUUUGCAUGUCAUCGUUCCCUGGAAGACAUUUGAUUGCGCAUAGUUAGGCACUUACCAAGAUCCAAUAAAAAGAAGUUAGAUUUAAACAGAGUGUUCAUUGUAUGAGUGGGCCAGAAGUGGAGUGGGGAGUUGAGGCUUCAGCACUUCUGAGAGGUGCAGGCUGAAGGAAAAUAUGUUUUUCUUUAUUCUUUAUUUCUUCUGUAUUACACAUUUGGAGCAGAAAGGAUACCAGACAAUAUUCUGCCUGAUAUCAGAAUCACAAAAUUGUCUUGGUGGAAGGAGACAGAGGGUGGUCGUGGCAGCUUAUCAUUCAGGUUGGAGGCCUCUGACCAGUGACGUUCACAGGGAUCGGUUCUGGUACUGUCAUUUGUCAUCGAUGUGAACACUUUCUCUGACAUUGUUGUGAACGUGAUUAGUGAGUUUGCAGAUGACAGCAAUGUUGGUGGUAAAGUAGACAGUGAAGAUUCUUUGAGAAUACAAUGGGAUCAAGAUGACCUGGGGAAGUUGGCCAAAGAAUGACAGAUGGAUGUUGAUGUGGACAAUUGUGAGCUCUUGCAUUUUGAGAAGUCCAACCAGGGAAGGACCUGCACAGUAAAUUCUUGUUCCUUGGAGAGUAUUGCAGAGAGAGUGUCCAUGGAACACAGGAACAUCAUUCACUGAAAGUGACAACACAGGUAGUCAGGAUGGUGAAGAUGAUGUUUGGCCUAUUUGUCUUCAUUGGUCAGGGAACUGAGUUACAGGAUUUGGGAUGUCAUCAUCAAAGUGAGAUUGCACUGUAUUGUGCACAGUUCUAGUCACUCAGCUACAGGAAGGAUGUCAUGAAGCUGGAAAGUGUGGAGGGAGGUUUGAUGAGGGUGUUACUGACACUGGAGGAUUUGAAUUAUUAGCAGAAGUUUGGACAGACUGGGACUCUCUUUCUCACCAGAGAGAUUAAGGAGCUGUCUGGUAACCAUCCAAAGGUUUACAAAAUCAGUAGGCAAUCACUCUUUGUGUCAGGUUAGGGAAGCAUACAUUUACAAAACAAUUGUUUAAGGUGAAGGGGAAACAUUUAAAGGCUACCUGACAGGUGGGGGGGAUGUUGUAUGUUUGAUUAAUGAGACCAACACUACAGUAAUAAGUGAGGGAUUUGAUGAGGUUUUGUAAGUAGAGGUUUUAAAUAGAAUGAUGAAUGGUGAUUUUGAUGGGAUUACACUGCUGGCCUCCCAAUAGGCUCAGGUAUUGUGGAGCAGACAUGUUGGUAAAUCACACAGAGGUGUAAUGGGAACAGGCUUACAGCAGUCGGGCAUUUUGACUCCCCCAGCAUUAACCAGAUUACCUUUGUAUGAAAAGCUCGAGUUUCCAGGAGUAAUUUGGCAGAUGCAGGAUCAGUUCAUCCCUCAGCAGAAACAAUAUUUGAAAGGGAGAAUGAGGCAACCAUCACCAACAACAAAGGCAGCAUAAAGGAACAUGAGAGAGCAGAGAAUAUCACAAAAGUUAGCUGGAAGCUAAAGGAUCAGUGGACUUAAAAAGAACAAAAGGUAACUAAAUAGCAAUAUGGAGAGAACAGAUGAAUUAUUAAAGUAACUGGCCAAUAGUAUAAAGGGGAAUAAGGAUUUAUUUCAGGUAGUUAAAGAGUAAAAGAGGCAAGAAUGGAUCAGGUUUCAGGUUUCCUAUUCUCACCGUUGGAAUCACAUCCCUCCCUGAGCCUCUUUUACACUGUUUAGUUUAUUCUGUAUUUCUUAUUUAACCGGGCAAUCUUGAUCAUUUAGCACAGCGUGGUAAAUGCAUUUCAAUGGUGAGGCAGUGCACAUUGCAAUAGACAAUAGAGAGUAGGCGCAGGUGUAGGCAAUUCGGCCCUCCUGGCCAGCACCACCAAUCACUGUGAUCAUGGCUGAUCAGACACAAUCAGUACCCCGUUCCUGCC